AUGGCACCACCCACACACACGCAGCUGCACGAAACAAACAUCCAGAGUGGCAGCCAAUUGUCAUCACCCAACGCAUCCAGCUCCGAUAAAGAGAAUAGUCGACGACGUGCGAACAAGAGAAAUAUGACCGCGAUGCCAUCCUCGCGCCCACAGAGCAAACGGCAACGACUGACCGACCGCAACCCAAACUCCCAGUCUGGGCAGUCAUACAAUGACACUAGAUACUAUGACCCUGAUCAGGAUCCCGAAGAGCGUCGAAUCGUCAGGAAGGGAUUAAGAGACCUCGGAAGGGAACUAAAUGACACCCGAGGCGAGCUCAUGCAGCCUGGAAAUGAUGGUAUUUUCAGCAUUGUCGAACAAGCGAAUCAGUUCUACGAAAACGUGAAACAGACCUCCGACGCCACGCUAGACUCACGCCUCCUAGUUAAUGCCGCCGAUUUGUCACACAAGAAAGCAACACAGCUUGCUCUCGGUGAAACAACUGCUGGUAUUGAUGUAGAUGAGUUUGUCUCCAAGUGUAUAUCGUUUAUGCGACGCGGCCCAAAUAACGCGACCUCUUCAGCAAACGGAACCCAGGGACGCCGCGGGCGCUUCAGUCGAAGCCAACGGGACCCGGAAGCCAGCGAUGAUGAUGAUUCCGGCGAUGCGAUGAACUGGGACACGCUGGGUCGAUUGGCCUGUGCUCCUUAUAAUGCUCGACCAGCCGUGUCCGGAUGGUUGUUGGGCCCGCUAUCGUUACAAAAACGUACGCGGCAGGUCAGUCAGCGGAGAGCGCGAGAGGAAAUUGAUCCGAGGCUGGCCGUGGGCCCCUCAGAAUUGGCACAGAAAGACCUCGGCGGACAGGAGAACGCGAAUCUUACAACGAUCUGUUCCGAGAUCAACAAAUUGUUGGCGCGCACCCAAGUGCAGGGUCUGGAGAAAGCUGAAGCUGCUCUCCGUCGCUUAGGAAACCCCACCCCAGAGCAAGCCCAGGAUAUCAUGGCUGCGCACAACGUGGCAGAUGAUGGCGGCGUUCCCUUGUUUCGUUUCUGCAUCAACAGGAGGUCGUUCGGCCAAAGCGUAGAAAACUUGUUCUACGUGAGUUUCCUGGUUCGGGAUGGCACAAUAGGUGUGGACACCGACAGUCGAGGGUUGCCGACCCUUCACGCGGCGGAACCAUUCGCCCCCAAUGAAGCCCAAAGGAAGGGUUUACAAAAACAUCAAUCUGUGUUUAGUUUGGAUCAUGAAACAUGGUCAGAUAUCUGUGAAACAUUCGAGCUUGAGGACUCGAUCAUUUCUCACCGCGAAGAGGUCGAGGGAGAGACCAGCACAAGCUGGUAUUCCUAG